AUGAAUAAGCCUCACCCGAGGAAAGGAAAGAACAACCGAGGUUUAGGAAGGAGAGUCAAUAGAGCGGAGGAGCAGCGAGAACCGCAGAUCGAACUAACCGGGAAGAUCCCGGUGAAGAACCGCCGUCAACACCAAGAAAGGUGUGACAGGGAGACAGUAGCCAACCGUCCAUCACCAAAAGGAAAGAUGGCGAAUCCGCAUGAACCUCAUUUCUUGAAGCCUCUGCUUCCGCCAGAAGGAGACAUGGUGUUUCAUGUCACUCCUUUUGGUCCUAGCUGUUGUGAGAUUCAAUAUACACAUCCUCACAUCAUCAAGGAAGAAGCCGAAGCGGAUGAUGCUGCGGAUGAUGCUGCAGGUGAUGCUGAUGACAAUGAGCAUCACCACAAGAUUAGAGGAACAUGGGCAAUGUCUUCUUUCUCAUUCGACUACUGUUUUUUGGCUGAGGUCACUGCUUCAAAUCUGAAAGAAGACAAACUUUAUCUUCCUGUGGGAGCUACGAGUUCUACUGCUUUGAACAAACAAUGCCAAGAGAUGAUACUAGUGAACAAAAAGGGAAAAUCAUGGACUGUGAGUUUGCGAUUUAGCGAAUUAGGCGGCAUGUAUUACAUCAGAAGAAGCUGGAGAAAGUUCUGUCUUGAUAACAGAUGCGACAUAGGAGACUUAUUUGUGUUCAAUCUAGUUGGAGAUGGGAAAACUACUCCAUUGAUGUGUGUAUGUCCGGAAAGAAAAGAGUGUUCUGAACUACUGAGCAAACACUUGAGCAGAAAGAGUGGUGAGUCUUCUCCAUUGACUUGCUAG